CUCGAAGGAUUAGCCUGUUUGAGCGCCUGCCUCGAAGCGCGCUCGGGCUAGAGGUGUAAAAAAUUAAAAACCUUAUCAUUCACUUUUUGCCAGGAUUGUAGCUAUAGUACAGCCCCUCACUUCAACACUUGUAAGCGACGACAUCAGUUAGCGUGGCUACUUGAAAGAUCGCGCGCGGGGCGGGGGACAGCCGGCGCACGUGCGCGGAAUAAGCAAGGCAAGUUCGCAAUUCUCUUGUCAAAUCGAUCGCAGCUCGGGAGGAGUGUGCGAGGCGCAGUUAUCAUCGCAGACUUCCCCAUCACUCACAGUCCCAGCGGUUCCGCAGGAAGACAGCUGUUAAUAACCUAACAAGCAUGUCUGGAACAUUAUAAGGUCAUUAGUCUGCUAGCCCCCAUAUGGAUUUACGCACUUCUUUUCUGAGAUUCAAACGCUGACGGUGCUUUUCCCUUUUUCUUUUUCGUCCUCUCUCAUUCAUCCCGGCGGUGAUGUGUGGCGAAGGGAUUGGUAAAAUAAUGGGCAAAUUCGGUUUAUGAACUCUCCGUGUGAUGGACAGGCGACUAUUGAGCUCGAGCUCGGCUGGAGCGAGUAGAAAGUGAGCUCAUUUGAAACAAACAUCUGUCUUCAGGACACCUGCCACCUUUUUAAGCAAGGAGAAUGCCCUCGCUUUCGUAAACGGAGGAUCUGAACAGUGAUUGAGGACGUGAGGGAAGACAGAAGAGGACAAAGUAGGAGACAUGGUCUGCUCACAGGGAAGAGAGUGAACAGAGAGCACAGGACAGAAAGAUGAAGCUGUGGGGGCAGUCAUUGUGGCAGUUGCAGGUUGUAGUCCUGGUCACCUUGGUAAUGUGCUCGUGCCAGUCGGUUUCUGCAGGUACACGGAGUCUGCGGGGACACACAGCUUCGUACCAGGUGAAGCAGGGAACCUGUGAGGUGGUGGCUGUCCAUCGGUGCUGCAAUAAGAACAAGAUAGAGGAACGUUCACAGACCGUCAAGUGCUCCUGUUUCCCUGGUCAGGUGGCCGGGACGACACGAGCACAGCCUUCUUGCGUGGAGGCUUCCAUCGUGCUGCAGAAGUGGUGGUGUCAAAUGCACCCAUGUUUGGAUGGCGAGGAGUGUAAAGUUCUUCCAGACCUUACUGGUUGGUCCUGCAGCACCGGUAACAAAGUCAAAACCACCAAGGUCACACGAUAGCAAGAACAUGGCUGCCCUACCAAAAGGUCCACGGCUCCUUACCAGCCCCUAAUGGAAAAGGAGACCCUCUCGUUUAAGACACUGACAUUACAGAGGAUUCCAUACAUGUGAAAGAUGGACAAACUCAUUAUAGGCUAUAGAUGGCCGCCUUGCUUUGACAGAAGAUAUGAGGAUGGAGAAGGAUCUCUGUAUAAACUUGAAGUUUGACCGAGGAUGCUGGACACACAGGUGCUCACAUGAGAGACUGCAUCUGUCAGCUGAAAGUGACUUUUUGGAUUUCCACUGGCUCUCUUGAGUGUAUGUGUGUGCAUCUGUGACACAGAUUAUAGUAUGUGGGACAAACUGUGGACGGUUCAGACCUGUCAGGUUGAUGAAGAUGAGACAGUAGUUCAACACUGUUUAUCUGCUUUCCAGCACACAGCAAACUUUCUAUUCAUGAGCAGGAUGGGGAUUGCUCUGAAUGUGUGAUUCACAAGUUAUUAUCAAUUUGCUUUUUUGGGUUAAGUCAUUACCCUGGAAAUGUUUCCUUUAAGUCAUUUUUCACAUCUAAUUAGGGUUGCUGAAUAGGAUCAUAACAACAAAUUAAAAAUUCAAGGGCGAUUUUAUUUGGACUAGACAAGAUAGGAGAUGUUUUCCAUUUUCUGGUCUUUUACUGUCAGUGUAAGAUGGAAUUCAAGAGAGAAACAUUUAUUAAGCUUUCUUCCACAAAUGCAAAAUAGAAAUGCAAGUGAUGUAGUCAACAGUAAAACAAAGGUAAACUGCAGUAAAAUACGGCUCCUCUUUGCUGUAAAAUGUUAUGUAAUGUGAGCUUUACAGAUGCAAUUCCCUUCAAAAAACAUUUAAAACUGACAGCUGGCUAAAAAUUUCUACUGUAUGUUACUCUGUAAAAUGAUCCACAAACCACUUAAAGGUGCACUAAGUAUUUUUACUGGAUUUAACACCUAAAUAAAUUAAUAAUACUGAUAAAUAUGGUUAAAAUUGUGAUUACUUAAUAGAAACUGUUUUAUUCUACAAAGGGCAAUUCAGGUCCUCAUGGGGCCCACCAUGUUGCGAUCACAUGACCUGCCGAAUAAAACUCGUUGGCAGCCCACUAUUACCAAUCACUGCUGGUUUCAGACUAAAUUAAAGGAGUAGUUCACACACACACACACACACACACACACACACACACACACACACACACACACACACACACACACACACACACACACACACACACACACACACACACACACAAACCUUCUGUGUAAUGCUACAAAUACAUCUAUGCCACUAGGUGCAGUAUAAGAUUCCAGAAAGUUACUUAGAGCACUUUUAAACAAGGAACUUGUUUAACUUUGAUCUUGCUUUUAACUUUGUUUUCUGGUUUAACUGUGAACCUCUCAAAAGUACUCUGUGAAGUUCUGAAAACAAGCUAGCAAUGUGCUGACUGAGAUAAUGAACAUGUUUAAAGAUAAGCUCAGAUGUGAAGCGGCCUAACUCGUGCCCAAUACUGCAUCAUAAUAAAGUUUGAAAUAGAAUCAGCUCCACCAUUCAUCAUUGGUUUUCUGAUCUCAGUGGGUUCCUCCACAGACUCUAACCUAACCUAAACUUGAAUUCUGAACUCUAAUUGGUACUUUUGUUCGCCCCUUGCUGAGCGUUACCUUUGCCAGGGUUGGAUCGAACUUUCAGAAAGGACUUUGUCCAUUGUGUCUUUAUCUCUGUAUGUCUUUCUCAGGGCUCUGGUGGCUUGUGAAGUGUUGAAUGAGGUUUUCUCUCUACAAGACAGCUCUGUACGCUAGGCUCGCCCU